UACGCGAUAAGUUCACUGCUUCCACAUCGGACAACCCGGGUUGGAAUUGAUUUGUUGGGUCGUUUGAAUAAAAUACUGGCGGCGCCGCUGGCACCGUUUCGUUUGUAGAGGUGAAAUGGGACGGACAAUGGAGUGGGCGGCGAGUGCGGAGCACUUGGGAGGGUUCCCUAGAAGAAUGGUGUUCACUGCGGUGGGGACCUUCGCCAAGUUGGUGGCUUCUCUAUUCAACUCCUCCUGCGUUCACAAUGCUGACACCCUCAUUCGUCUUGUCCGAUCAAGACCUCCCGGCGUGCCCCUUAUCACUGUCAGCAAUCACAUGUCUACGUUGGAUGAUCCGCUUAUGUGGGGAUUCAAAGGGUUUCCAACCUUUGAUGCUAAUCUCGGUCGAUGGGUAUUGGCUGCCGAAGAUAUUUGUUUUAGGAAUGCGUUUUAUUCUUACAUUUGCAGGCUCGGGAAGUGUAUACCUAUUACAAGGGGUGGUGGAAUUUAUCAGGAACACAUGAAUGAGGCUCUUGAGCGGCUGAAUCAUGGAGAUUGGCUGCAUACGUUCCCAGAAGGAAAAGUGGUUCAAGAUGAUGCUCCUAUAAGACGAUUGAAAUGGGGAACGGCUAGUCUAAUUGUCCGUGCAUCUUUAUCUCCAAUUGUAUUGCCAAUUGUUCAUCAUGGUUUUCAAAAGGUAAUGCCAGAGAAAUAUAUGUUUAGUAGACGGCCUCCUUUACCAUUAUGUAAUAAGAGAAUUGACAUAAUUAUUGGUGAGCCAAUUGAAUUUGACCUUCCAAAAAUGAAGCAGAUGGCUAUUUCUCAGACUCGAAAGGAGCCAUUUCAUCUCAAUGGAUGGCCUUGCACUUCUCCUGAUGGUUUGGAUGAAGCAGCACAGAGAUGUCUAUACACUACAAUUUCUGAGCAAAUCCGAACAUCCGUGGAAAGAUUAAGGAUUUUCAGAAAAAGUAUCCUUAGGUUGUAGAUGUAGUUAUAUCUGAAGCUGGCCUUUUUUGUUUUUUUAAUACAUGAAGCUGGUUUUAAUUUCUCUUAAGUGGUUAGCGAGUUAAUUUGUCAACGUUAUUUGCCUUCAAUUAUUUGCCAGAGAAACCCCUAAGAUGGAGCACUGUUGAAAACUGAACAGAGAGCCCCAACUUGGUUCCUAAAUCUGUAAAUCAUGUGCCAUCAGGUAGGGGCCUUUAUGCAUGGCGCAUAAUCAGAUGGAUUAAAUAAUAUUAUUUUUCUGAAA